AUCUUCAAUCUCAACUGAUUCGUAAUUGGAUUCAGAUCCAGACUCAAAAAUGGAGUCACCGCACUCGAAUCUGCUCCCUGAAGUCGAUUCUCUACCCGAUGGAUUCGUCGACGGCGCAACAGACCCGCCUCUCAAUUCACCAAAAACCCAGGAAGAAAAUUGUAUCACAACAACAACAACAAACCAUGACACUGUUGCGAUCGAGAAAGCAGAGAAGCCGAGAACUUUUCCAGUUCCGUUGUGUGAGACAGAUGGUAAUGAAGAUGACGAAGUAGAUGACCUAAUUCGAGAAUCAGAAAAGCUUAGCUUAGAGGCAGAGUUAGAGCAGAAACAAGAAGAAACAUCUACUCCUGUUCCUCAAACAUUAUCAGAAGGGUCAAGUCAAAAUUCAACCUUGUCUACGGAAAUGGAUUCACUCAAACCCAAAAAACAACAGGAGGUGGUUGAGAGCAAGCGUAAGGCUUCAAAGAAUAUGUUUAAAUCAGAGAAAGAGUUUUUGGAAUUUAUGCUUAAGUAUCAGCAAGUUCUUUCUGAAAGAGAUUCUGCUAUUACUGUUCGUGACAAGCUUGAAUCACUUUGUAGAGAGUUACAACGUCAAAACAAAAUGUUGAUGGAAGAAUGCAAGCGGGUGUCUACUGAGGGACAGACUUUAAGAUCAGAUUUAUCGACAAAGUUUCAGGAUGCGAUUAAGGAUGUGAGCAUUAAGUUGGACGAGCAAAAGGAUGAAAGCCUCGCACAACUAAAAGAAAAUGAGAUGUUGAGGACGAAGUUGAAGCACCUGGCUGAUCAAUAUAUGCUUUCAGAACAACAGCAUGAGCAAAGAUUGAAGCAGAAAACACUUGAGCUACAGAUCUCUGCUUUAAAAAUUAAACAGCACGAGGAGAAACUCAUCCAUGAACAAUCUCAGAUGAAAGUUUACGCAGAUCAAGUUUCGCAGCUAUUAUCUACUGAGAAAAAUUUGCGGUUGCAGCUAACUGCUGAUGGAGAUAAAUUCCAGCAGUUCCAGGACGCGUUGGUGAAGAGCAAUGAGGUGUUUGAAACAUUCAAACAAGAAAUCGAUAAGAUGUCCAAAGCAAUCAAAGAACUUAGAAAAGAAAACGCAUUCUUGAAGAGCAAAACCGAGAAGUCAGAUAUCAGUCUCAUAGAACUCGUCGAAGAGCGUGAAAGAUUGAAGAAACAGUUGGAGAAGACAAAGAAACAAAAAGACAAGCUUGAAUCGCUUUGCAGAUCCCUUCAAGCUGAAAGAAAACAGAAGGAAACUAACAGUUCACAGAGAAAGAUUCUGCAUUCACUAAGAUCACAACCGAUUAGAAGAAUGUCGCAACCCGGGAAAGCUUCUCCAUUGGUUAAGCAAAGAGACGAUACUGUGGUUGCUACUCUGGCAAAGUGCCCUUUCGCUCACGCUUUGAGUCGUAUCUUCUUCUCUCUCGCUUUUUUCGCCGGCGUGGUUAGAUCGUACAAAGCUCAGAGAAUGUUGGGAAUCUUGAGGCAAAGAGCCAUCGAUGGAGGCUUGGCUGCUUCGACUCUUAGAAGGACGCGAUUCGCAUUGGUUUCUGCUAGGAGCUAUGCAGCUGGUGCAAAAGAGAUGACAGUCAGAGAUGCUCUAAAUUCUGCAAUUGAUGAGGAAAUGUCUGCAGAUCCUAAAGUCUUUGUUAUGGGUGAAGAGGUUGGUCAAUAUCAAGGUGCCUACAAGAUCACUAAAGGCCUUUUGGAGAAAUAUGGUCCUGAGAGAGUUUACGAUACCCCAAUUACCGAGGCUGGAUUUACUGGAAUUGGAGUUGGUGCCGCCUAUGCUGGCUUAAAGCCUGUUGUAGAAUUUAUGACGUUUAACUUCUCUAUGCAGGCAAUUGAUCAUAUCAUCAAUUCCGCUGCAAAGUCAAAUUACAUGUCUGCUGGACAAAUAAAUGUACCCAUCGUCUUUAGAGGACCCAAUGGUGCUGCUGCUGGUGUUGGGGCUCAACAUUCUCAGUGCUAUGCAGCGUGGUACGCCUCAGUUCCUGGUUUGAAAGUUCUCGCUCCAUAUUCAGCUGAAGAUGCUCGUGGUCUUCUUAAAGCUGCCAUUAGAGACCCUGACCCUGUUGUCUUCCUUGAAAACGAGCUACUAUAUGGUGAAUCAUUCCCUAUUUCAGAAGAAGCACUUGAUUCAAGUUUCUGUCUUCCCAUAGGCAAAGCCAAGAUUGAACGAGAAGGAAAGGAUGUAACGAUAGUAACUUUCUCGAAGAUGGUCGGUUUCGCCCUCAAGGCAGCUGAGAAGCUCGCAGAAGAGGGAAUAAGUGCUGAGGUAAUAAAUCUUCGUUCAAUCCGUCCGCUUGACAGAGCCACCAUCAAUGCUUCAGUGAGGAAAACGAGUAGAUUGGUAACAGUUGAAGAAGGUUUCCCACAACACGGAGUCUGUGCAGAAAUCUGUGCGUCGGUUGUAGAAGAGAGCUUUUCAUACUUGGAUGCACCGGUGGAGAGGAUUGCAGGAGCUGAUGUUCCAAUGCCUUAUGCAGCUAACCUAGAGAGAUUGGCUCUUCCUCAGAUAGAGGAUAUCGUUCGAGCAUCAAAGAGAGCUUGUUACAGAUCGAAAUAAAAUCGUCAACAUCAACACAUUUCUGCUUUGAUCUUUAAAGGGAAAGGAAAAUAAGAAAACGGAGAAAAAUGA